AUUUGUGUGGUGGAAAAUGAACAACAGAAUUAGAGACACCGCUGCUUUAGAAAACUCGAAAUCUGCAAAUGGGGGGCGGGCCCUUCCCAUCUUCAAUGCCGCUGUUUGGGCAUCAAAACAAACCCUAAAGUCUAGUCUUUUCUACAUCUACAGUUUGUUACAUGUACCUUUGUUUAUUGCCUAUCGAAGGGAGUUACACAAGUAUCAUCUUUGUCCCUUUAAAUUUAUCACUGCCACCCACUCUCUGGUUACUAUCAUUACUAUUAUAGUCAUUGCAGAAAACAAUCUGCAACUUGAAACAUCUUCUAGACUUUGGUUUCUUUGAAAAUACACAAGACAGCAGCUUUACUUUAGAACAACAGAUAUGAAAAGCAAAAUGGUCGAGGAUGAAGGAGCUGCUAGUGGUAGUGAAGUUAGUGGUCCAAUUCGUCAAGUUAUUCUUAUUUCUGCCGGUGCUAGUCACUCUGUUGCUCUUCUUUCUGGAAACAUCGUUUGCUCCUGGGGACGAGGAGAGGAUGGGCAGUUAGGCCAUGGGGAUGCUGAGGAUAGACCCACUCCUACUCAAUUGAGUACAUUGGAUGGCCUUGAUAUAAUAUCAAUUACUUGCGGUGCUGAUCAUACAACUUCAUAUUCUGAGUCACGAAUGGAGGUCUAUAGUUGGGGAUGGGGUGAUUUUGGGAGGCUAGGACAUGGAAAUUCUAGUGAUUUGUUCACUCCUCAGCCAAUUAAGGCUUUGCACAGUUUAAAGAUAAGGCAAAUUGCUUGUGGGGAUAGCCAUUGUCUGGCAGUCACCAUGGACGGUGAGGUGCAAAGUUGGGGGCGGAAUCAAAAUGGUCAACUUGGUCUUGGCACCACUGAGGACUCCCUUGUGCCUCAGAAAAUUCAAGCUUUUCAGGGAGUCUCUAUUAAAAUGGUUGCUGCUGGUGCUGAACAUACUGCAGCUGUCACAGAAGAUGGAGAGCUCUAUGGAUGGGGUUGGGGCCGAUAUGGGAACUUGGGACUAGGUGACAGAAAUGAUCGCCUAGUUCCUGAAAAAGUUUCCCUUGUCAAUUUGCAGGGAGACAAGAUGAUAAUGGUUGCAUGUGGGUGGCGGCAUACAAUAUCUGUUUCCUCUUCUGGUGGAUUAUACACUUAUGGAUGGAGCAAAUAUGGUCAACUGGGACAUGGGGACUUUGAGGAUCACCUGACUCCUCACAAGGUGGAAGCCUUGCGGGAUAGUUACAUUUCUAUGAUAUCAGGUGGCUGGAGACACACUAUGGCAUUGACUUCCGAUGGAAACCUUUAUGGCUGGGGAUGGAAUAAGUUUGGACAGGUUGGAGUUGGUGACAACAUUGAUCAUUGCUCUCCUGUGCAAGUUAAAUUUCCACAUGAGCAGAAAGUAGUCCAGAUCUCAUGUGGAUGGAGGCACACACUUGCUAUUACUGAACGACAAAAUGUAUUUUCUUGGGGAAGAGGCACAAAUGGACAACUUGGUCAUGGAGAGUCUAUGGACCGAAAUCUACCGAAAAUCAUAGAAGUUCUGAGUGCUGAUGGAUCUGGUGGCCAUCAGAUUGAAGCUUCAACUGUUGAUCCGUCAUUAGGGAAAAGCUGGGUUUCACCAUCUGAUAGAUACGCUAUUGUUCCUGAUGAAUCUGGGCAAGCAGUUUCAGUUGGGGGAAAUGGGAAUGAUGCAAGUGUCCCAGAGAGUGAUGUCAAACGGAUAAGGAUUUGAUUGCUCCAGAUCCACUUCCAUCCCGGACUGCCAGUAUCAUUCUUUCUGAAGCAGGCAAUGCCUGAACUGGCAUAUUUUGCACUCUUAUUACUGCAGAAUGUAAAUUCUUCCUGGACAAAACAUUGUUUUUGGUUUUAAGUUUGCGUAGAGGAAAUACAUUUGACGUUGCAAGAUUCA